UGUCGCCGUGAAAUCCGCUCGACGCUGCUCGAAACCAGAAGCAGCAGCUCUGCGUGGAUUCACAGCUUUUCCUCCCCAAUCAGUCUUUUUCUGUGUUUUUCACAGCAAACAGCCUCGGAGGGUUUUUGUCCCGAAGUCGACAGCGGCAUCAUGGCGUCCGGAGGCUCCAUGAUGAACGGGGACAUCUCCCGCUCCCCCACGCAGCCGGGCACGCUGGAGGAAACGCUGCAGCAGAUGAACAUCCUGAUCCAGGAGAACCGGGAGCUGAAAGAGGCCCUCCGCCAGACCAACCUGUCCAUGAAGGAGCGCUUCGAGGGGCUGUCCGUGUGGAAGGAGAAGCAGCGGGAGGAGCGGCACUUCCUGGAGAACCGGCUGGAGGAAGCCCGAGGCCGCAUGGAAACGCUGAACCUCCAGAACCAGGAUCUGACCAGGAGGCUGGAGGAGGCGGGAGGAGCGCCGGGAGAGCUGCAGGGGGUUUUGUCGGACCAGAGCGUGGAGCUGCGGGCCCUGCGGGCCCAGGUUGCUCGUCUGCAGGCGGAGAAGAACGACCUGGUGGCCAUGAACUCUGAGCUGCAGCUGAGGGCCGAGCAGGAUUCCCGGGAAGACUCGUUCAUCGAAAUCAUCAGCGUGUCGGACGGAGGCGUGGAGGGCGUGAAUGAGGCGGUUGGCGCCGAGCGCAGCAGGCGUCCCGACCUGAGCAUGAUCGCGUCCCGCCUGGACAACGAGGAGGCGACGGUCAGCCAGCUGCUCCAGUCCCUGAGGAACGAGACGCAGAAGGGGGAGCGGCUGCAGGCCGAGCUGCAGGCGUACGCCGCCAGAAUCAAAGAGCUGGAAGAAGCGAAGGUAAACGUGGAGGAGAUUUCAACACAAACAGCCCAGCCAGAAAGCACCGAGGGCAAAGAGGAGAAGGCGGCGUCGGAGGUGGAGAACCUGAAGUCUCAGAUGAUGACGCUCUUCAAAGAGCUGCAGCAGGCGCAGAGCAAGCUGGACGAAGCGGAAGGCAUGAAGAAGAACCUGCAGGACAGGUGUCGGGAGGUGGAGCAGGACGUGGCCACUCUGAAGUCGCAGCUGGUGGAGAAGCAGGCGGUGCAGGCGGAGAACGAGCGGCUGAAGCUGCAGCUGGGCAGCAUGCAGGCGCAGGUGGCGCUGGAGCAGAGGAAGGCCGAAGAGGAGAGGAAAAACCUGGCCCAGCUGAAGGAUGCCUACACCAAGCUGUUUGAAGACUACAACGAGCUCAAGGAGGAGAAGAAGAAGAGAGAGGCUCAGCUGGUGGAGAAGGAGCAGGUGGAGGAGCUGCAGCAGCGGCUGGCCGCCGCCGAAGAGGCUCUGGCGGUGAAACAGAGCAAGAUCGACGAAAUGAAGCAAGACAUGUUCCAGAAGGAGAAGGAGCUGGAAACCAUCUCUGUCUUCCAGGCUCAGGCGGAGGUCUACUCCUCGGACUUCUACGCAGAGCGAGCGGCGAGAGAGAAGCUCCACGAGGAGAAGGAGCGUCUGGCCACUCAGCUGGAGUACAUCAAGAAGCAGAACAGCCAGCUGCAGGAGGAGAUGGACUCUCUGGGCCGGCGCUCGCUGAACGAGAUGCAGAGAAGACACGUGGCGCCGGGAGGAAGCCCGCAUGGAGCCGGGCCGGCUCUGGUCGGAAGAGGAGCAGCCGCUGACUGGCAGCAUCAGGAGAACAUUCCUGAACACGCCUGUCCCAAAUGCAACGAGAUCCUGCCCGACCUGGACUCCCUGCAGAUCCACAUCAUGGACUGCAUCAUCUAGACCCGUCACCUCUCGCAAAGCGCGCCGUCGGCGCCUGAAUCCAAGUCUUCCUCUGCUCUGGCCUGUUCUUCCCGCCUCGGAUCCCAGCGACGCCACUCCGCAGACCCCACGCUUUCCCGAAGGAGGAGCCGCCAGCUUUCACAUCUGGAAACAUAUUUAAACAUUUAACCAUACGUAGAUAAGAUAGUAAAGCCUGUCCACUCCUGGGCGCAUUUCAUCUGAACACUGGAAACAAGCUGAAACUAUUCAGGGCAAAACUAAACCUGUACAUGCAAAAUAAAACCUGUGUGAACCUUUGACAGCACCUGGUAAGAUGCUGUCCGACACACACCGAUUCUUCAACCAAAGCUGAGCCUUCACAGGUUGCUUUUGUUAACUAAAUAUUUAGUUGAUGAAGGUUGUUUUUUCUAUAUUUUAAUGAAGGCUUCUUUUUCAAUUUAAAGUGAAAUCCUCUCUAUUUUUCCUCAGAGACAAUAUUUGUGUUGUUGAUGUUGGGGGGGAAAAGAAUAUGCAAUAGGCACUUUAAUACGAACAGUGUGUUUUAUUUUGACUCUGCAGGUGGUAAAUUAGAGCGUAAUAUAUUUACCUUGUUAAGCUGGAGGUUCUGUAAUUCUUCUAUGUUGUAAUUCUGUGAAAGAAAAUAAAUGAUUGAAAAGUUU